ACAGCGCAUGCGCUGUGCGAUAAUGCGCUUUGACCGCGUCUUUGUUUCAUAUCGUUUUCAACUUCCGUGGAAGUUGUGUCUUCGAGAGGGUGUCUCAACAAGCGUACGCUUUCGGGAAACUUCUACAAUAUCGAUUAUCGAAACGGAACAAUUCAAGCCAGUUACUUGCAACCGACCGAAAAGAAUGUGGAUCAAUGCCUGGCAGAGAAGCGGGAAAUUGUGGACCAGCUGGAUUUGGCUGGUUUUGGUGGCGCUGACUGCUAUGAAUGUGGCCAACGGUGCGCCCUCCCUCCAACAACAGACUGGAGGUGUGCCAGCCUCAACCAAUGGCGUGGAAGCCGCUAAGGAACAUUGAUAAGGACGUCUUAGAAUUGGAGAACCUGAAGCCAGUUAGCAGUGGAAGCAUGACUUUAGUGAAGAGCCAUUCUUCUGUGAUGAAGAGUGUCAAUGGACAGAAAGAAAUACAAUCGGAGACUCAAGAAGAAGUUGAUAAGAAUGGAAAACUUCUGGCCAGAAUCCACCAGAAAAUGGAGGAGAAGGAUGACAAAUCAGUAGCGAAACCUUUCACCCAUGUUCGGACUGAGGUUGACAUUCCCGACAAGAAUAUUCACAAAGUGUACGAGGAGGGACCCCGCAUAAACAACAAUAAUAAGAGGAAGUCGCCAUUUUCCCGAGCUGAAUAUGAUGAGAACAAUGUAGAGCCUAGGAGAUCAGGCUCCGGAGUGCAGUUUUCUCCCAUGGAUAUGGCUGAGUAUUUCUGGGUUGGAGAUGAGAAAGGAGUGACCAUGGCUAUUGAGGACUUCCUACAGGAAGGAUACAUGACAAGAGAAGAAGCAAUUAAUUAUUUGGAAGAAAUCAAAUUCAUACUGAAUUACCUGCAGUCUCAUUAUGCUGAUCAAGUCCAGAAGGAAGGUGGCAGAACUCCUCAGGAACAGUCGCAUCAGUUGAGGAAGAACCUAGACCUGUUGGAGAGAGCUAAGCAGGCGCGCAGUGAGGCAUCCGAACUGAUGGAAGUUCGCCAACAGCUCAGGGACCAGAUGACCAAGAAGAACAUCGAGUCCAUGGAGAGUGACCCGCUUUUGCAAUCGAAACAAAGACUCCUUCAAUCACAGGGUCUUGUAGAUGAUGACUAUGAAGAUCUGCUGGAAAGACUGAAGGUUGCUGACUUCCUCUACACUGAGUACUCGCUUGAGGAAAUCAUCUAUCAGCUCGCCAAAGUCAUGUUCUCCCAGUCUUUGACACGAGGAAGCUCUGAAGCGCAAGAAGCAUUAGAGAAAUUCACCAGGUUCCUGGAAGCUGAAGCUGAAGAAGGAAGGAUCUCUCGAAGUCUCGAGAAGAAAGUUCUUGAUGUGCUAAUUGCCAGCUUGACAGACACCCUGACCGAACACCCUGAGCUGGUGGCAGUUGCUAGGGAGAGUCUGGCCAUGGGAUCCGGGAAUGCGGUCAGCGACAAUAUGCUGCAGCAGCUAUUAUGAGCAGGGCGGGAGAGCCUGACAAGAAUGAUUACUUUUCAGAAGCUGCCGAGAAAGCACGUUUGGCCAUGGCAUCUGGUUCCAACCCCAACAACAUCAGGAAGAACAACAUGAACAACCUUUUUAUGAUGAAGGAUGUAAACCACAACGCUGACCAGCCUACUGUUAUGAUGAAGAAAAGUUCACCUCCCCAACCAGCCAAUGGGAAGGCAUCUGCAGCCAAAACUCGCUAAAUAAUAACAAAAGGUUAUAAAACAAACAAACAAAAAAAACUAAAAUUUGUGUACAAAAUCCCUAUUAGAACACCCUCCCCCAACAAUAUACAAUCGUCAUACCUUAUAAUUUUUCAUACAUAUGAUAAUUAUUUGUAGAAUAUUUUCCAAGUAUUAUUUUUCUAUACUCGGCAAUCUCACAUAGAUGAUAAUAUUAAUGUAACCUGAAACUAUAGAGUGCUGUCCUGAAAUAUAAUAGUUACCAAUGAAUGGAAACUUGUUACCGAAAUGAUAUUCCUAAAAAUAUUCAUGUUGAUGUUAGAUAAAUAUCAAACCAACACUACUGACUUUAACUAGGUUUUCUACCAGCUUUCAUGCUUUAAAAACUUCUCAGAUUCAUUGAUAGUAGAUUAUCAUUGGUGGGUCUCCUUAAAUAUUAUAAUAUUCAUGUCUAUGAAUUUCUGACAUGAAUAGAGCCCCCCAUUAUUGUAGCUUAGCGAUUAUUAUAUUGAUCAUAAUAUAUUUAUUGUAUAUCUAUCAUCCCAUGUAUGUGAUAUCAUACAGUCUUGUAGAUGUUGCAUUAACGGUAUACUUACAUGGUGUUUUUGUAUGUUGACGUACAUUGAUAUAACAUUUUGAGAACUAAAGGACUGAAUGAUAAAAAAUAUGUCCCUGGGAAAAGAUUGAGUACCUGUCUCCACGUUUCCAAGAUUUUCUGAGUUGGUUUAAAAUAGAUAUUUGUUUAGAAUGGGAUGUUGGUUCAGUUUGACUCUGAUUUCUGUACAUCAAAUUAAUGAGGAACAGUAAGUUGAGGUUUAAGCUGAAAUUCUUGGACAUACUCUGAGCUUAUACUGACAGGGAUGAAUUGGCUUUCAAAAUUACAACUAAGAGUGGAUGAAACCAUGUUUCACAUGAAAAGAAGUGAUAAAUACAAUAAUAUUAUAUGGAAUUUUCCAAUUCAAAAUUGUAAUCAAAUUAUAUUUUCUUGCUCGCAUGAUGAUAAUAUUAUUAUAUUGUUGGCUUCAGCUUCAAUUUUUAAUAACUUUCUCUUAAGAAUUCGAGAAAUUUGCAUACUUAUAGGCCAUAUUAUAUAGAACCGUUUUAAUUGGAAUCGUUUUGGGCUUUUUAGCCUGUGGUACUUUUCUGUAAGUUGUGUAAUUCUGAAUUAUUAAAUAAAUAAAUAUAUAGUAUUUGAAUACUGAAUGAAAAUUCGAGAGUGGGUAACAAAAAUAAAUGACUUGGAUCCAGGGUAAAAUACUCUUCAAAUAAAAAUUCAAUCAACAUCAUGAUCAAGACGUCAAGCAUAACAUUCUCAAAAAUUAAGAUUGAUAAACCUCAAAUCAAUUUUUGUAGCCUACUAAUAGGAAGAGUGUAAUGCUUUGUGAGGAGCUUUGAAUAAUAAAAUUUAUUAUAAAAAAUAUAGACGUUGAAUUAUAUAAGUUUUAAAUUAAUACUAAGGGGAUAAUACAUGGAUAAUGGAUAUGCAUUUUCAAUUGAUGAUCGGUUAACUAGAUUGAUAUAAUACAUAUCAGAAACAAUAGAUGAUAAUAUUCACACUACUGAACCAAAGAAAA